CUCGGAAGCUCGGCUGACGCUGCCUGGCGCUGGAACCAGGAAGGCGGUGAGCUUAAACUGAAGCAAGUUCGGGGAACGGCAUCGGCGCCGAGAUUUGAAGGAACGUUUCUUGGUCUGUGGCGCUUGCAAGUCCACGGGAGGCGUGAGGCCGAAGGCCGCGACCCAGAAAUGGGACGCCGGUCAUCAGAUACUGAAGAAGAAAGCAGAAGCAAGAGAAAAAAGAAACACCGUAGACGGUCAUCUUCAAGUAGUUCUUCAGAUAGUAGAACAUAUAGCCGAAAGAAAGGUGGAAGGAAAUCAAGGUCAAAGUCAAGAUCUUGGUCCAGAGAUCUUCAGCCUCGCUCUCAUUCAUAUGAUAGAAGACGCAGGCAUCGAUCAAGCAGUAGCUCUUCUUAUGGCUCUAGAAGAAAACGAAGUCGAAGUCGUUCAAGGGGUCGAGGGAAAUCCUAUAGAGUUCAGAGAUCUAGGUCAAAAAGCAGAACAAGAAGGUCCCGGUCAAGACCUCGUCCACGGUCCCAUAGUCGAAGCAGUGAAAGGUCCAGUCACCGAAGAACCCGUAGUCGAUCUCGGGAUAGAGAACGACGUAAAGGCAGAGACAAGGAGAAAAGAGAAAAGGAGAAGGAUAAAUGCAAGGAUAAGGAAUUACACAACAUCAAACGUGGGGAAUCUGGAAACAUCAAAGCUGGAUUAGAACAUCUGCCACCAGCUGAACAGGCCAAAGCCAGACUACAGCUGGUUCUUGAAGCUGCUGCAAAAGCUGAUGAAGCGUUGAAAGCAAAAGAAAGAAAUGAAGAAGAAGCAAAGAGAAGAAAGGAGGAAGACCAAGCCACCCUGGUUGAACAAGUAAAAAGAGUAAAAGAAAUUGAAGCCAUUGAAAGUGAUUCUUUUGUUCAGCAGACAUUCAGAUCAAGUAAAGAAGUCAAAAAGUCCGUGGAGCCUGGUGAGGUGAAGCACGCAGCUGCGACAUCGGGACCAGCAACAGUAGUUCCUGACCCUCCCAGUAGUGAAAAAGAAAUAGACCCCAGCAGCAUCCCCACUGCCAUCAAGUACCAAGAUGACAACUCUCUGGCCCAUCCAAAUUUAUUUAUUGAGAAAGCUGAUGCUGAGGAAAAGUGGUUCAAGAGAUUAAUUGCUCUCCGACAAGAAAGGUUAAUGGGCAGUCCUGUGGCCUAAGUAAUAUAUAUAUGGUUGAAUUAACAGUAACAUUGGAAAUUUAGGUUUUUAAAUCCCAAUAUUAACUUUUUACUCUUAAAAAGCAGUUAGCUGAUUAUGUGAAAAGGUAAUAUUUCAUUCAUUUCUCAUGUAGGCUUGAAUAUUUGUUGAUUUGAACUUAAUCAAACAUUGUGAAUAUUAAAACUAGUGUAAAAUUUAACAAUGCAUGAAAAUAUCAUAUUGUUAAUAAAGUUAAUCCUAAAAAUAUCAGUGGUAAAAUAAAUGGUACACAGUAGUGUUUGAGUAAAAUUGGAAAAAUACCAAGUCGUCAUUUAAGGAUACAAUUUUGAUUAAUCAUGCAUAUGUAAGAAUCAAACUAUAUGCUAUCCAUGUGAGAUUUCAUCUUCCAUGUACUAUGAAACCAUUUUUGAAUCUUUUAUUUCACCUUAUUAUAAAAAUUUAGGCAGAAUAAAAAGCACUGUAAACAAUCUAAGUAGAAUGAGCAUGUUAAUCCUAGAGGAAAAAAAUAUUUUUUGAAAAACGUUUCUUGAAAAUUAAAUAAAUUGACUAUUUAUUGCUUAGAGAUCA